UGGUUCGGAUGGUGAUGUCUGUGAUGUUGGCGACACUGGUGAAGACGGAACCCCCUGACGCUUGUGAGACCAUGGAACCCAGUCAUGGCGGCAGUCCUCAGGAAGGACCUCCGCCAUUCACAUUCUACCUGCACAAGGAUACGAUAGUGAGCCGGUUGUCAGCGCACUUCGCUAUCCUGGGCAGUGAGAGCCAGCACUUCACGGGGUUCAUGGUGCAGGCGCGAGACGACGCCUCAGGGUUGCCGGUCGGGCAGUUCGACACAGGAUGUCUCGACAUCAACACCAUGAACUGCUUCGGCGGUUUCGCGAAUACUGCAGUCCACCUCAGUUCGAAGCCCAAGUCUGACGCUCACAGGCGCUGGCUUCCAGAUCUGGACUUUGUUGGGAACGUCACUUUCUUUGCAACGGUGGCCCAGUCCAGGAAAGUUUUCUGGGUGAGGCAUCCUGCGAGAAAAUUGCAAGUCAUCCUUGACGUCGCCUGAUCCUCACUUAGUCCUUAAUCUGCAAUAAUCCAAUUUUUUCAUUUUAUUCAAACUAAUUUAAAAUAAUUUAAUCGUACAUUUUAAAGUAUU